ACGACGAUUUUCCGGUCCAAUGAUGAAAUAGGCGUUCCAGGAAUAGGGAUUGGAAAGAAAGAUCUUAAAGCCCGGAUGCCCAUAAAUCUUUCUCUGUGCAUCGCGUGCUCCCUGGCGCUUUGCUUUAAUGUUGGGGUGCAUAUGAAGAUCUUACCUUCAGUGUCGAUAAUAGUAUGUAAGAAGAGAGCAAAUAAUCGGGAUUUGAUUCGGAAUGACGGAAAGUGAAGCAUGGCAGCUACAUGUAGCUGUGUAUGUGUGUUACCCGCUGGCAUUCAUCGGGGUGUCAUUGAGAACUUAUGUCAGGUACUUCAUGCAGAAUGUUAUGGGAUGGGACGAUUGGUUGAUGAUUCUCAGUUUGGCCUUUUAUACCAUGUACACGAGUUUCGUCUUAGUAGGAUUACAUUAUGGAACCGGACGACAUCAAGAAGAUCUGGAAGAAAGUGAUUUCCUAUGGGCGAUUCGAUACUGGUAUUUCGGAGAGUGGGCCUAUGUUGUGGCGAUGACCAUAAUAAAAACUGCCAUCGCCCUUUUCUACCUCCGAAUUAUGAUUAUCCCCUGGCAUCGCGCCGCUGUAAAAGUCAUCAUGUGGAUUGUGAUAUCCUUCGGCUUUGCAUAUUUCUGGUGCGUGGUCAUACAAUGCUGGCCUAUACCUUUUAUUUGGGAGCGAUAUGCUACGACUCCUGGUAAAAGUACUGGAAACUGCUUACCUAGAGGAAUCGUUUUGGGUGGAACAUAUCUGCAUAGUAUUAUAAGCGCGGGAAGUGAUUGGGCAUUGGCUUUACUGCCAAUUGUCAUGUUGUGGAAUGUGCAGAUGCCAACCGGUAUAAGACUUAUUGUUGGGGGAAUUGUGGCGUGUGGUGCUAUUGCUAGCACAGCAACCAUCAUUCGUAUUCCCACCGUUUCAAGUAUAUUAGAUACGGAUGAUUUCCUCUUCAAAAGCAUCCCCCUAGCCGUCUGGUCGACCGUUGAACCCGGAAUAGCCAUAUUCGCCGCAUCUCUCGCUACUCUCCGACCACUACUUCGAAGAAUCUUCCCAGAUCAUUUCCGAAAUGCAGCGAUCCCAUCACUAGCAUCAUUGCGAAUCCCCACAAAUUUGGCAAGGAAAAAACUACCGUCAGAUAAUGUCGAGAUGGGAAUUAACACGACAUGCUACAGCGAGCCAAGACCUGGACAGACUGCAGAAGAAAGCUUGGAGACUAUACAAAUUCAUUUAGAUGACCGAAUUGAGGUUGAUAGAAGUACAAGUAAAUCAAUGGCAAUUCACGAGGAGUCUUCAGGUCUUAAUCUGGGAUCGGAGGAGAGUCAUAUCUUGAGAUCAAAGGAGAGUGAUAACGAAAUGGUGGAAUUACCGCAUACCUAUCUGGGAACAUCUCCACGUCUCGCACCAUUAGUCUUUUCUCCAACAUGUCUCACGCACACGAUUCCAUCGCCAUCAACUCUUUCGCCUUCACAUGUCGCGUCGUGCAUGAGGGACAGUCAGUACAAUAGGAAUUCGAAGGUCGUCAUACCGUCUUCGCCUAUUUGAAGCUAUUUCGAGAUCUUUACACAAUCAAAAAAGAUAGAAUUCAAGUAUGAUUAGAUUUUUGCACUCAAUCAUACACCAACCAAUGUGGUAUAGGAUCGAUGUCUGUGUAUCGGACAUGGGAUGAAAUAUCAGACGGGUCCCAAAACAAUCGAAAGACACUCCUACGAGUGUCAAACGCUGGCCUGUGAUGACCUCUAAACACACAGCAAGAUGAUUUUAAAUUGAGGGUCGAAAGUGGGAAUACAAGAGGAUAAUAGAAAAGCAGGGUUCCGUCUUCUACACAACGCAGGUGGUUCAGUUGGAGGCCAUUUCUGCAGCCCAACAAUCACUAUCCGCAGAACAUUUCAAUUUAUCUUGAGCAAAAUUUUAUCAAAUUGUGUCGAAAUUUUUGUCUCACCUCGGUUGGAAAGACAAUAGAAUUGAAAUCACAAAUCGAUCCUGCACAAUGGACAUGACUUUUGCGGGUUGGGGUGGAAGAUGGUGUGAACAAAAUAAGUUGAAGAGGGGAAGAGCAUGAUUGGUGCAGCUUGAUGGUGUAAUUAAAAAAUGCUCGGAGUAAAUGAAGAAUAAAAAUAAGGCAUGAUGUUGACAAUUGGUCAGAAUUUGGCCGGUUGAGGUUCAGUCCUCGGUGAUGGGGUUUAUACGGUAAGAGUCUGGCCAUCAACUUAUUUGAUGAUUGGUGGACAAAUCUUUAUCAAGAUACAAAAUGUAUUAACAUGAAAAUAAUUUA